AUGGACUGGCAGCGUUCUUUAGCAGGCGUUGAGCUAUGGCUGCUGCUGCUAUGUUUGCCAAUGCCAUUUACACUGACCCAAGCCUGGAGCCUGCCUGCCCGCCCAGUAUCACCUCCAGCUCCAGCUCCCAUCCCAGUUGUCCGGGCAGUGACAACGACACCUGCGGCUCGCCAACUAAAUGCCAUCACACCUUAUUUGGACCUAGCUCUAUGCCCGAUCCGAGCUGAGCCCUGGUCUUGCGCUCGUGAACGAUCGGCUAGAAUCUUGGAUGCUUGGGAUGAUGAAUUGCACUUGCAGUGGCAAAAACUGAAAGUUGAAGCGGAUCGGCAGUUGAAUGCGACCAUAGAGAGACGUGGCUACAGCGCUUCGGAACUGCCCAUUAAAGAGAAGCCAUCGACAUUGUUAAAGAAAAUCGAAAUCGGCACCAAAUACAUGAAGGAAUAUCUAGCGGAGACGAUGGACGGUUUCCUUGGCCGUGAAUACGAGUAUUUGCAAGCGCCAAAAUCAAAAGCGGAUGACAGUGAAAACGUGGAAGAUGACGACGACGACGAAGAUGAAGCGGAAACGGAGGGAGAGACUGAGGCUGAGGCUGAUGCUGAUGCUGAAGCUGAUGAUGAAGGUGAGGAGGAAUCGGCUGUCGAAAAUAGCGCAGAGGAUGAGACAGAUGCAGCCUCUAAUAGCGGCGACCAUGAGGAGGAAGAGGAAGAGGAUGAGGAGGAAGACGAAGCAGAUGAAGAACCUGAAACGGAAAAUGAAAGUGCACAAAUUGUGGCAAAGCCGGCGAGCGAUGUGAAGAACUCAGUGUUUAGCGAUGGUGGUGCAUCGGGCGGUGUGGAGUUCAUAGAGCUCGAAGAUGGUGCAGACAAUUUGGCGGGCACUGUGAAAAAGCCCGGCAAAGGCGGCAACAAACGCAAGAAGAACAAGACCAAGCGCAAGAAGAAGAAGAAGGGCCAACAAGAACACCAACCAGCUACAUUGGUGGUGGUGCAGGCAGCGCCUGAUCAUCACGAAAUUGAUACCGGUCACGAGAGCGCGCCAGCAGUUGCCAGCCAUGGAGGCGGUCAUGGAGGUGGCCAUGGAGGAGGCGGUGGCCGACCUUUCAAGCGCAAGACAAAGCGUGGCAAGCGCAAGCGUAAAGGUCAACAAUCGACGGCAGUAGUAGAGCACGAAUCCAGUGAUACAUUGGGAGUGGAACUGUUGGAUGACCUGCUCGAUGUGGACACCGACGCCUUGCUAGCUGGAGGAAAGCGCAAGCAUAAGAACCCGUUUAAUUAUGGUAGAAGUAACGGAGUUACGCGCGGCAAGAAGAAGAAGAAGAAGAAGGCAGCCGCUAAAAUUCUACUAGUUGGUAGCGUGCUGAAGGCCAAAAUCGAAUUGCUGCUCAAAAUCUUGGGCGCCCAUUUGCAGAUCAAGUUCUUUGCCAUAGCCCUGAUCGGAUUGCUGAUAAAUAUUGCUCGAUUCUGGAUCGAUGUCAAGCGGGGCGGUGCACCGUCCAAGGUUGUCUAUGUCGAACAUGCUCAUCAUCAGCACCAUUACGAGGACCAUGGCGAGGAUUGGGGCGAACAGGGCAGCUAUUGGAAGCGUUCGCUACAGACGGACCCAUCCAUCGAAGAUCUCGACUCGUCCACGGAUAGCUAUCAAAAUCGGCCGCUCUUGCAGCAGUACUCGCAGCCGGAGCGUCAGGAUGCGCAGCAUCUGGCCUAUCGCAACCAAUAUCAGUGGCAAUAAUAGAUAUAUACAUAUUCUUAUUUGACUUACUGAUUAUUAAAUAAUCCCUCGAGUCCUAGUUUCGAAAUUAAUUUUAGCACAAAUGCCAGUAAAACAAUUUUAGUUCUAAC